GGCAAGGGGUCAUCGCCUUCUGUUGAGCGUCGUCCUAUCUCCCGAGCGAGCGUCGACAACGACUGGGCCUCGCACUCCCGGCGCGUAUUGGGUACAACGUAAUAAGGGCAUCUGCUGGUGACUCUGACAUCGUAUGUGAUGUUAUCAAUCAUGUUGCUGCGUCUGGCUUCCUUCUGAAAAUGAUAGCUGAGAGUAUCGUUCAUUAUUGAUGCAGAUAAUACUGACCUCCAGGCUCCAGCUUCCAGUGUACUCAAUACAAGACUUUAAAUUAUGGUUACGGAUAACAAGCAAAUAAUGUUCAACUAGCCUCGUGGCAUUUAUGCGUUUCUGGCGCGCCCCGCUAUUGAUCGUGCUCAUCUGAACGCGCUUGUACUGAAUCGGUGUGAACAAGCAUACUUAUCGCCACUAGCAUCCCCCGACAUGAGCUUUUGGGUUUCCUUCUUAUGUCCAUCCCCACCACUACAUACACACUGAACUUACCGAAACAUGGUAGCGUUGCACCUGAAGGGUGGUUCAAUUAUCCGUCCUCGUCGAGAUGCUCUAGCGGACUUCCUUCCUCUGUCGACACAUCACCCACGCCAGCAAAUGUUCGAUUGUCGACCUGUUCCAUUGUGCGCCCACUCCCUCGAAUCCCGCCUCCCUCUUCAAAGACACCACGGCCGCUGCCCGCUCCUCCUCCGAAACCACGACCUGUCAGCGUACGCCCGUUGCCAACCCCCACCAUAACGUUUCAACAAGAUGUUAUUCUGGGCGAGCCAGGGCCCUCGCGAGCCCCUCUCCCGUCUCUCUCAGAAUGUGACGAACUAUCUGACAUCCUGUUCAUGCACGAUGAUGACACUUUGUCAGUGUCAUCGGAGUCAUCGGAGGAAUCAAGAAGUGUCGUGGAUGACACUGCGGCGGGUCCCAUGGAGAUCGUUCUCUAUGGUCCCUCAAAUGGCUUUGGCGCGGUUCACUUCAAGACACAUUCAUAUCGACGAGAAUAUCUCGGAGCUCAUGAACCAGAACUGGUCUCAGACACGGAGAAGUUAGGUGUCGAAGAAAUGUCAGAUUCCUCUCCCGAGUCCAGCUACGAUCAUGGGUAUUCCUACGAUAACCGCCAGAGUGGCCCCUUUGUUAGGGACAAACCUCCGGUGCGGCCAGGGGAGCCGAGGCUGAGCACUAUUGGUAUGAUGAAGGUUUUCAGUCGGAGGUGGGUGAGAGAGAAGAAAGGAAAAAGAUACGUGGAAGACGAUUAUCAAAAGAUCAUACGUGAUCUUCGACAGCUGUAAUGGAUUGGCAUUCCAUUCAUGUAGUUAUGACAGGUCGUGCCUCAUGAUUGGGGUUUGCCCUCCGCUUCUCCUCAUUCUCUUUCCCUUAGGGCUUCAGGAAUUGAUCACAUCCUAAGAUAAAGCUGCGUAUCACAGAUAUUGGAUCACCUUGUAAUGCUACAUCACAUAUUAUUUGUCUUCUCGCUGGUACGGGUUCAAUGUAUUAAGUAAUUUGCGUCAUUCC